UAUCCCUCCUGCGCUGUUACUUCCUGCUACAAAGGGACGGGUAUCCUAUCUGGAAUGAGAAUUAAUUGGCCUGAGGCACUACAAUAGCAGCUCCGGGGAAGCAUGACUUUCUGCAGCGCAUGAGUAUUACAACACUAAAUAAAUGUUAAGGAACGAUGUACGAAGAUCAAGCUUGAUGGCUUUUCAAUCUCUCGUUUUCUCCACGUUCAAGGAAGUGCCCAAAGGCAAUCACCAAAACUUGAAUUAAGGGACCGAAAAUGAGGCAUUGAAGUGCUUGAAGUGCUGGUACCGUGCGCCCCGUUUCCAGGAACGUGGCAUGAACUCAGCAGGGUGCUCCGGACCCUCCUUGCCAAGGGGAUGGAGAAUGAACGUCCCCUGAGGCGUCCCUGAGGCUGCCUCGCCCUUUGCCACCUGGAGUCAGUCCCGGGGGUCAGUUUUUAUCAGCCACGUUGGCGCCUUCACCAGAGUUGCAGACCGAAAGAGAUGGAAGAAAAGGAACGAUGUGAUUUAUUCCACUUUGACCUGUCCCGCUAGGGAAGUAUGGUCGUCACGUGUGAAGCGGGAAAACCAUCGAGAAAAAACGUGUCUCUGGAGGGAGGCGGGCGGGGAGGAGAGGGAAAAAUGCCCCCGCGUUUUUUAUGACCUUUUCGAUGUCCGGCACUUUGGCAGCAGAGACGGUGGCAAAAUAAAACGGAAGCACAAAAGUUAUUCUGUGUCGGGACAAUAGGGAAGGGGGAUUCGUUCUGUCGUCUUCAUUUCCAACCUCUCCGGUGACAAAGCGUACACCAUGGACCCCUUGGAGUAAGGUGAACCACGCUCAUCCCGUAAGACUGAAAACAUUGCCUGCUUCCUCCAGAGGAAGGGGGAGGGCAUUUCAGACAUCCGUCUCUGGAAGAAACACCAUGAGUUGUGUGCCAUGGAAAGGCGACAAGACCAAGUCGGAAUCCUUGGAGCUGCCCCAGCCAGCGGUACCCCGGAUCUACCAUGAGAAGCAGCGCCGAGAGUUGUGUGCCCUCCACGCACUGAACAACGUCUUCCAGGACGGCAGCGCCUUUACCCGGGAAACACUGCAAGAGAUUUUCCAGAGGCUGUCUCCGAGCACCAUGGUGACCCCCCACAAGAAGAGCAUGCUGGGGAACGGGAACUAUGACGUGAACGUCAUCAUGGCGGCACUUCAGACCAAAGGCUAUGAGGCGGUCUGGUGGGACAAACGCAGGGAUGUCAACGUCAUCGCCCUCUCGAACGUCACGGGCUUCAUCAUGAACCUGCCGUCCAGCCUGUGCUGGGGCCCGCUGAAGCUCCCCCUCAAAAGGCAGCACUGGAUCUGCGUCCGCGAGGUGGGAGGCGCUUACUACAACCUCGACUCUAAACUCAAGCUUCCUGAGUGGAUCGGAGGCGAGACCGAGCUCAGGAAAUUUUUGAAUCACCAGCUGCGAGGAAAGAACUGUGAACUGCUGCUGGUGGUGCCGGAAGAGGUGGAGGCCCAGCAGAGCUGGAGGGCUGACGUGUGAGCCAGCUCCGCCUUUGCUCCCCUCCCUCCCUCCCUCCCUCCCACUUCAGCCCCUCUCCCCCGGGCCCGGGCUCACCUGCCUCUUCGCAGUGGGGGUUCUCGCCCUUCCCAGCUCGUUCAGCCGCGAGGAGGACCCCGAGGGCCCGCUUCCCGCCUCCGGUCGGCUCUCCUUGGAAGGCUCCGCGCUCCUAGGUCGAGCGAGCAGCCGAGGGAGCAGAACCCUCCGCCGAUUUCUAAGAGGGGCUGAGACGGGGAAAGGGUGAUCCCGGCAGAGACGUCCUCCCCCCCGCCCCCGGCCCCCUCUGUGAAGGCCUCACGUCGGACUGGACACGACCUCCCCUGGAAUUCACCACCGCCGCCCCACCCCGCCACAGCCUGGGGUCCGCCCAGAGAUGCUGCCUCCACUUUCCCUUCCCUGUUAAAGCGGUGGGUCUGAAGACGUUCGCCGAGCCCAGGCCACCGGCCGGAAAGGGCCCGGAGUCCAAGGGUCUCUCCUCAGGAAUCCAUCUCUGAUGAAACCGUAGCAACGAUACAGCUCGCUGACUCAGAGCCGCCCCCCGCCACCGAUAGCAUUGAUCUGUGCAGAGAUUUGACGAGGGGGGUGACAGACAGUCCAUCACAAGAAAAAGAACAAUCUUGAAGGAGGUUUGAUAUAACUCUGUUAAAAAAAAAAAAAUCAAACGGCACUAAUCGGAUCCGCAGAGCUCAGGAGCGAUGGGGCGGAAGGGUGAAUAUUCAAAGCCAAGCUUCACCCGACCCUCCGGUGGCUCAGUGUCAGUAGUUCCUCGCCCCAGCCUUCGUCCCCCACCCUCGGCCCCCCCACCCCCCUCUAUAUCACUACAUUGCUUCGGAAGCUCCUAGGGGAGAAAGGAACCACCGAACUUGUCUCUUGGAGAAACACAUCCCUGAAGGGCGUCGGGCACAUCCGCCCUUCAAAAACCAACCGAUCGAGAACGGUUUUUGUAAGUGUCAGAAAGUACAGCUCCAGGAGUGGCUGGACUAGAGGAUGAACGGGGAGGGUCUGAGGCACUACAGAGAGCAGGCCUCCCCCCCCCCCGCCCUCCCCCGCGCUGUGGGAAGAGGACGUGUGUGUCACUGGGGCAGAGUUUAAUGACGAGUCUCCCGGGUGAAUCAGCUGUGGAUCGGCUUCCGCCCGGCUCCGGCCGACGGUCGUCGGGCCCGGCUCCCGUAAAUCGGGGCAGGCGAGGAGGGCAAGGACCGAUCAUUUGGUCCGUCGCCCCCCCAAGCGCAAUCGCGGCUGCCCCGGGCGAGGAAGGCGGUAGGAACCCGGGCCUCUCCGGCCGGCCCUUAAAAUCCAGGAGCGCUGGCGGGCGGACGGACGCGUGAACCUUGGGCCAGCCUCUCUCCGGCAACCUUGCCCACCCGGAGCCCGAGCCGGCUGGCGGGACGGAGCCGGCGAUGGCGGCGGCGGCCCUCCCCGCCCCGCGACCGGAGCGCAUGUUUACACACCAGCACUCUCUGCACAUGUAUCUUCAAGCCAACAAGGCCUCUUGACGCGGAGGAAGGGGAGUAGGGGGGAAGACCGGAAUGGCCGGAGCCCCCCAGCGCCCCCGCCUCCCGACCGGCGGCCGCAACGUCUCUCACGCGGUCCUCCGCGCGCCGGACCCGCUGCUUGCGCCACAGGACCGCCUCCCUCCCCGCCCCGGCCCCACCCUGCACGCUAACAUUCCAAGCCACCAUCACCAGCCGGAGGGCACGGCCACCCUCGGUGACCUCACGGACGGAGCCGCGGGACCCCCAGUUCCGUCCACGAGAGCAAGCCAUCUCUCCCGGGCCGGAGCCCGCCGGGGCCCCGACCACGGAGCCCGUGAGCCAGUGGAAUAUGCAAAGACACUCUACAAACCUUUCAGGGCUGGUUCCUCCGUUCACAUCCAACUCUGGUGCUCAGGGACAGGGAGUCGGGGACGGGGCUGACGCCCGAGGGCAGGGAGCCUCGGUCCCCCGAGAGGAAGGGAGACCGCCCGGCCCUGCCUCCCGCCAGCGGCCUAAAGCCAACCGCUUAUCCCUUCGUACUUUUCUCGCUUUGCCCCCGCCUUCCGUUGGCCUCGUGCUGGGUCUGUUUACAAAAAAGAUGUAUUUUGUUUAACCAAAUAUUAAACCCGGACUCUCCGUCUAUGUCCCGUUACUCAUCUGUCCACCUGAGUUCUGUAAGUAUGUAAAGGAAAAAAAAUAAAUAAACCUCUUUUUCUUUAGUACAA